CUCCUUCCUCCACCAUAACAAUAAGAAAUCCCCAAAUCCCGCCGGAACCCUAAUUCUCUCUUCCAGUUUCCGACCAUGCCUGCAAUUCCUGACGAGCCUCUCCUCGCCUCUAAUCCCGAUCGCUUUUGCAUGUUCCCAAUUCACUAUCCUGAAAUCUGGAAGAUGUACAAGAAAGCCGAAGCCUCCUUCUGGACUGCCGAGGAAGUCGAUCUCUCACAAGACCUUCGCCAUUGGGAAUCCUUAACUGCCGACGAGAAACACUUCAUCACUCACGUUCUCGCCUUCUUCGCUGCCUCUGAUGGCAUCGUUUUGGAGAAUCUCGCUGGACGAUUCAUGAAAGAAGUCCAAGUCGCUGAAGCCAGAGCUUUCUAUGGAUUCCAAAUUGCCAUCGAGAAUAUCCACUCCGAGAUGUACAGUCUUCUCCUAGAAACCUAUAUCAAAGAUUCAAAUGAGAAGAAUCGGUUAUUCCAUGCUAUUGAGACUGUCCCCUGCGUCAAGAAGAAGGCUGAUUGGGCGUUGAAGUGGAUCGACAGUACAGAAUCUUUUGCUGAGCGUAUUUUGGCAUUCGCUUGUGUUGAGGGGAUUUUCUUCUCAGGUAGUUUCUGUUCUAUCUUCUGGUUGAAAAAACGUGGGUUAAUGCCUGGAUUAACGUUCUCAAAUGAGUUGAUUUCUCGAGAUGAAGGGCUUCAUUGUGAUUUUGCUUGUUUGUUGUAUUCAUUGUUGAGGAAGAAACUGAGUGAGGAGCGAUUGAGGGAGAUUGUUAUGGAGGCGGUGGAUAUAGAGAGGGAGUUUGUGUGUGACGCUUUGCCGGUAGCUCUCAUCGGAAUGAAUGGAGAUUUGAUGAGCCAGUACAUAGAAUUUGUGGCAGAUAGGUUGGUUGGAGAAUUGGGGUAUGAGAAAAUCUAUAAUGUUCAAAAUCCGUUUGAUUGGAUGGAGUUGAUUUCGUUGCAGGGGAAGACUAAUUUCUUUGAAAAAAGAGUUGGGGAAUAUCAAAAAGCAUCUGUGAUGUCGAGUCUGAAUGGAAAUGAGGGUAUUCAUGUGUUUAAGAUGGAUGAAGAUUUCUGAUAAUUGAAGAUGAAGAUGAGUUCACUGUGUAGAGUAAAAUUAGUGGGUUCUUCUUUUUCUUUGUUUCUUACCUGUAACUUAGUAUUGAGGAAUUAGAUUUGAUUAUGUUUGUUUAAUUUCUUCUUAGUUGAAAACGAAAGAUAAAAGGGUUGGGUUUUAUGUUUAUGUUGAGUUUGGUGCUUGGAUGGUCAACAUCCAUGGUGGAUCUAUUAAGCUUAAGAUAUGGGAUAAAUAACCAUUUUAUGUACAGUGUCUCAUCAUAUAACUCAGAACUCUGCUUGCCAAA